AUGACGUCAAGCGGAAGUUAUUAAAUUCAAGAUGGCAGCGUCCUUGACAGGCAUGUUUUGGUUGUCCAAUGUUUUUGUACACCUAUGACCUGUGUCGCUGACAGUAGGAGACCGUGAGAGCGCGUCAUGGAGAGACGAGAGUUCGUCGCGUCUCUGGUGGCGGGCGGCUGUGCAGGGAUGUGUGUGGAUCUGACCCUCUUCCCCCUGGACACCAUUAAGACCAGACUGCAGAGUCCGCAGGGCUUCUACCAGGCCGGGGGCUUCAGGGGCAUCUACGCCGGGGUCCCGUCUGCGGCUGUUGGCUCCUUCCCCAAUGCUGCUGCUUUCUUUGUCACCUACGAAUGCACAAAGUCCCUGCUCGGUGCCGGAGGAGCGCUAUCGCCGCCGCAUGUGGCACCUGUCACUCACAUGCUGGCCGCCUCUCUGGGUGAAAUAGUGGCUUGUCUGGUGCGGGUUCCCACAGAGGUGGUGAAACAACGGACCCAGGCCUGUCCCUCGUCCACCACCUACCACAUGCUGCUGGCCACGCUCCGAGACGAGGGGGUUCGAGGCUUGUACAGAGGGUUCGGGAGUACAGUUCUAAGAGAGAUCCCGUUCUCUCUGGUGCAGUUUCCCCUUUGGGAGUAUUUAAAGACUCUGUGGUCGUGGAGGCAAGGUCACACGCUCUACUCUUGGCAGGCUGCAGUGUGCGGAGCUUUUGCAGGUGCGGUGGCAGCGUUUGUUACCACUCCUCUUGAUGUGGCGAAGACCAGGAUCAUGCUCGCAAAGGCCGGGUCGACCACAGCGAGCGGCAACAUCCCCCUGGUGCUGUACGACGUGUGGAGGAGCAGAGGCCUCUCUGGGCUGUUUGCAGGCAGCGUCCCCAGGAUGACCUUCAUCAGCCUGGGCGGCUUCAUCUUCCUGGGAACCUACGAGAAGGUCCGCAGCUCUUUGCUGCAGCGUCUCUGACUCCGUUCGGAUCCGACCCGGCCGAGGCCCAGCAGGGCGCCAUGUGGUCCUGCUCCCCGAGACGCAAGGAAACACCCGGCGCCUGGAGCAAGGGCCAGACCCAGUGUAGAUACAUGGACCUGUCGCACAGCACGAACUGUGGAGCAUGUUUACUGUGACGUGUAUGAAUGAAUGAAUGAGUUGUGGGAUUAAACCCAUCUUUUUACAGAG